AUGUCAUCCUAUCCACUCCACGUUGCUGUGGUGUGCUUAAACAACCAGAACCGGAGUAUGGAGGCCCACAGCAUCCUGAGAAAACGAGGAUUCAACGUGAAAUCCUUCGGGAGCGCAGGCGUUGUGAAGCUUCCUGGGCCUACACCUGACAAGCCGCACGUUUACGAUUUCGAAACCACGUAUAACAAAAUGUAUUGUGACCUGCUGGAGAAGGAUAAAGAUUUCUACACCAAGAAUGGGGUUUUACGCAUGCUUGAUAGAAAUCGGAGAAUCAAGUCUGGUCCUGAACGGUUCCAGAGCAGCAAGGAUCUGUUUGAUGUGAUCUUCACCUGUGAUGAGUUUGUCUAUGACCAGGUAGUGGAAUACCUGAACGCCAGAGAACAAGAGGUGCGUCAACUGGUGCAUGUUAUCAAUGUGGACAUCCCCGACAAUGACGAAGAUGCCAUCCUUGGGGCCUUCCUCAUCUGCGAUAUCUGCUUUAGUAUCCUGCACUCUGAAGAUGUGGAUGAUGAGAUCGCAGAGCUGCUGCAGAUGUUUGAGGUAAAGACUGGUAAGACCUUCCUGCACACUGCUUGCUUCUACUGA